CGGAUAUAACCGAAUUGGAUUACUAGCAUCUCUCUGCGAAGGCUUUGGAUCUGUUGAUGAGAAAAAGAGAGAUGGAGAUGGAUCGAGCUUGGUCGAAGAUGAUGAUGUUGAUGAUCAUGAUGCUCACAUCGACGAUCUCAGCGAAAGAGCAGCUGAGCACUAAAGAGUGCGAGGAUCUAGGAUUCACCGGUCUUGCUCUCUGCUCUGAUUGCCACUCACUCUCUGAAUACGUCAAGGACCAAGAGUUGGUAUCUGACUGCAUGAAAUGUUGCGCUGAUGAUUCUGAGGAUUCCAUGAGUAAGAUUACUUAUUCAGGCGCUAUAUUGGAAGUGUGCAUGAGAAAGCUGGUUUUCUAUCCCGAGAUUGUUGGUUUUAUUGAAGAAGAGAAACAAAACUUCCCUACCCUUAAAGUUGAGUACAUUUUCAACUCACCACCCAAGUUGAUCAUGCUCGAUGGAGAUGAUGAACGUAAGGAAACAAUCAGAAUCGACAACUGGAAACGCGAGCAUCUACUCCAGUAUAUGCGGGAGAAGGUCAAGCCUACUUCAUCAAGUUAGUCUAAUCACUAUGUACGACUGAAUUACCUAUUCCAAAGCAGCAGGCAGCAUUGUGAUCUAAUGGUUAAAUAACACAUUGUGAUCGACUUGUCUUUAAGCUUUGGUCCCUCGGCAUCAGUAGUCUGUAUGUUCUGAAACUUUGCAAUCUCGGUGUUAAUGUCUUCUAUUCUAUCCAAUGUUCUUAUAAAAUGGCAACUUUUGUACUUGGCCUUUUGGCAUAAUAACAAGCAAAAUUCAUCACA